CAUUUUUCAGUUGUAAUUAUUGUCAACAUUGGUUAAGCGGCACGUGGAGUUCACGCUCGAUAGUUUUCAUGGUUCUAGUUUUUCAGCCGCGAUCGCGAAACCCUCGCCGGAGUCCUGCUGAUUCCCGGAAAGUGAAUGGCGUCGGCCGUUUUGGCGAGUCGAAGUGAGUCAAAUUGGCCGCCGCAGCUGAAAACCAGUGUCGCUUUCAUGGGCAAAGUUCCCUUUACAGCAAAAAAGCCAAACCCUAAACCUAAGUUCAACAAGAAGCGUCAUUUCCACCAUCAAUUGGCGCAACCUGACGAUAUUGCAGGCCAUGUAGUCGAUGACCCCCCCGCCGUUACCCAUUCCGCGGCUUCUGAUGACGCGUCUUCAAUUAAUCGGAUGAUAAAUGAUUUUAGCUCCGGCAAUUACGUUAGCUUCCCCAUCAGCUCUUAUACGAGGAAGGAGUUGAUUGAUCUGAAGAGCCGGUUGAUUUCAGAGUUGGAGCAGAUUCGUGAAUUGAAGAAUCGAAUCCAGUCGAAUGAUUUUCAGGCUGGAUCCAGCUCCACGAAAAAGCCGUUGCCCAAAAAGAACAUUUCUGGAAACAAGCGGCCUUUGCCCCCAAAUUUCAGCAAAGAAUUGAAGAGAUUGAACCCUCAAGAGAACGGAAAAGCAUCGGAGGCUUAUUUGAUGAAAAGUUGCUCCCAAAUAUUGAGCAAAUUGAUGAAGCAGAAACAUGGGUACAUCUUCAAUUCACCGGUAGAUGUCGUUGGGUUGGGUCUUCAUGACUACUACGCUAUAAUCAAGUACCCGAUGGAUCUGGGCACUGUUAAAUCGAGGUUGGCGAAGAACUUUUAUGGGUCUCCUUUGGAUUUCGCAGCCGAUGUAAGGCUUACUUUUAAUAACGCCAUGAUGUACAAUCCAAGGGGGCACGAGGUUUAUGCGUUGGCUGAGCAGCUUCUUGUGAGAUUCGAGGAAUUAUUCCGGCCGUUGGGUUUGAAACUGGAGGAGCUAGAAGAUGCACAAGAAAUGGAGUGUUACGAGGAAGAGUUGCAAACAAGUUCGUGGGAUCAUGGGGAAGCUGAGAGGAUGAAGAAAGAUUGGGAAAUAGAUAAGGAUGAUUCAAUUAAAAUUGCAGCGAGAUCUGACAAUGUUGAUGGGAUUUCGGGCUAUGUUUCGAACCCAAAUCCACCGCCAGCGCAAAUGCAGCUGCAGCCGCCGCUGCCACCACCAAGGAUGGCUUCUCCAGUUAGGGUACCGCCAGUGAAGCCAGUGAAGCUGCCGAAACCGAAGGCCAAGGAUCCGAAUAAGAGGGAAAUGACUAUGGAGGAGAAGCAAAAGUUGGGGCUUGGAUUGCAGAGCUUGCCACAAGAGAAGAUGGACAAUGUGCUUCAUAUUAUAAGGAAAAGGAAUGGACAAUUGACGCAGGAUGGGGAUGAGAUUGAACUGGACAUCGAGGAUAUGGAUACAGAGACACUGUGGGAGUUGGAUCGAUUUGUCACUAAUUAUAAGAAGAUGGUCAGCAAGAUCAAGCGGCAAGCAUUGAUGGCAAACAAUGUUUCGUCUAAUGACAGCAAUAGAAGAGAGGAAAAUGGGGAGAGGAUGGAUGUUGCAAUGGAGAUGAAGAAGCCGAAGAAAGGCUAUGCCGGAGACGAAGAUGUAGAUAUUGGAGACGAAAUGCCAAUGAGCAGUUUUCCACCAGUGGAAAUCGAGAAAGACAAUGAUCGUGCCAGCAGCAGUUCAAGCAGCUCCAGCAGUUCAAGCAGUGGUUCUUCGUCCUCAAGCGAUUCGGAAUCGGGGAGUUCUUCAGGAAGUGAUUCUGAUGGUGAUAAUGCACGGUCAUAAGGCCUCGGUUUGAAGCACAAGCUUGUCUGCUCGAUUUUGUGGGGGGCAAUCCAAGAGGAGUGGGGAUUUAGAUGAGGUAGAUUUACUAACAGUGCUAACAAAUUAAAAGUUAGAUAUGGAGUUCAGCGUAUUAAAUGCUCUGAAUGUAUGAACCUUUUUCUUGUUUUGUUGAAUGUACAGGGUUGGGUUGUUCUGAGUGUGUUGUGUGAAUCGUGUAAUGGUUGUUGCUCUCUUUAGAGAAAAGAGAUCGAUGAAAUUGGCAUCAUGAUUGUCAAUGAAUGAAUUUGGGGGGUUUGGCAAAUGUAGUGAAAAGGGGGUAUUUUUGUAGGGAAGAAAUAGUUUGGGGGGGGGGGUUAGAAGGUACUUUUGUAUGCAUACUUUGAUUUUCAGCAUCAAUAGAGAGGCAUGUACAAUUCCAA